AUGGCCGCUCCUCAGGUUCACCACCUCUUUCAUGCCCCAAUUGCAGACCACUCCUUUUCCUCCGACAAGAAGACACUUGCUGUCGCUCGGGAGAACAAUGUGGAGCUGUAUCAACAAUCAGGCAACAAGUUCACGCUGAGCGAUGAACUCAAGGGCCACGAGAAGCUCGUAACCAGUGUCGAUAUUGCUCCCAACAGUGGCCGAAUUGUUACUUGCUCGCAAGACCGCAAUGCCUACGUUUGGGAGCAGACCCCCACUGGAUGGAAGCCCACGCUGGUCCUCCUCCGAAUAAACCGUGCAGCGACCUUCGUGCGCUGGUCUCCUUCGGAGCAGAAGUUCGCUGUUGGCUCUGGCGCUCGCGUGAUCGCUGUCUGCUACUUCGAGGAGGAGAACGACUGGUGGAUUUCCAAGCACCUGAAGAAGCCCAUUCGCAGUACCAUUACAACUCUGGCAUGGCACCCGAAUUCCGUUCUGCUGGCAGCCGGAUCGACCGAUUCCCACGCGCGAGUGUUCUCAAGCUUCAUCAAGGGCAUUGACGCCCGCCCGGAGCCUAGUGCAUGGGGAGAGCGUCUCCCCUUCAACACUAUUUGCGGCGAAUAUCUGAAUGAUACUGCAGGUUGGAUCCAGGGAAUUGCCUUCUCGCCCAGUGGCAACGUCCUCGCAUUCACUGGACAUGACAGCAGUGUGACCGUCGUCUACCCCAGCGCUCCGGAGCAGCCCCCGCGCGCGAUGUUGAACAUCGCUACCCGCCUGCUGCCGCUUAACAGUCUCAUCUGGAAUGGCGAAACCGAGAUUAUUGCGGCUGGACAUGAUUGUGAGCCCUUCCGUUUCCGCGGCGACGAGAAUGGCUGGCAACUCGCCGGUUCUUUGGAGAAGAAGGCUGGUGAAGUCGGCGGAGCCCGCGAGGAGUCUGCUUUGAAUAUGUUCCGGCAGAUGGACCUGAAGGGCCAGGCCCAGGCAGAUACCAAGCUCAAGUCUACUCACCAGAACACCGUUCACACCAUCCGAGCCCACGAGGAAGCCGGUGGAGUUGUGAAGUCUUUCAGCACGAGCGGUGUCGACGGUCGUGUUGUCAUUUGGUCCGCCUGA